AUGUUGAGCCGCCGAGUUUUCCUUCGGCUUCGGAGUUGUGAAGGUUUGCUAAAAUCGGUAAGUUAAUUGUUUUUUUUACUAUUUUAUUCGAUGUUUAGACUGUCAGAUGCUCUUCGAUCAAAGUUUCUGGGCCAAUUGUGAGCUCACAUCGUCAAAUUGGACGUUAUGAAGUGCCUAGAAGAUUUAUCCAUUUGAGCGCUGGUUUAAGUAAGUUAUUGGACGUUGGUUUUAAAAUUACUUGAAGGUUUAAGUUUAUAAAACUUUUUAAAAUACCGUCUUUGAAUUUUGAAUUAUUUCGUUACCUAUUUCGAAUCUUUUUCAGAUGGUGAGGUAGUUGAAAUAGAAGGACCAGCUUUUGCCGAAUCUAUCACUGAAGGUGAUAUUCGAUGGAUUAAACGUAUGUUUAUUGUCAUUUUUAGGUAACAACUAGUAAUUUUUAUAUUUUUUGUGAAAAAUUUUAUUUUUUGUAUGGUCUUUUUGAGUCGUAAAAUUUAAGGAGUCUUCACAAAUACUUAUGAUUGAAAUAGCUUAACAAUCAUGUUUGAAUAAUAUUAUCUUCUAACAACAUUAUUAUUUUUCAGAAAAGGGAGACUUUGUUGAAGCCGAUGAACUGGUGGCCGAAAUUGAAACUGACAAGGUAGGUCUUUUUAAAUUUUAUAUUUUUUUGCGUUUAGACAUCAGUAGAAGUACCAGCACCAUUCCCUGGUACCCUCGUGGAACUUUUGGUAGAAGAUGGAGACAAAGUCACAGCUAAACAAAAGUUGUACAAGCUAGAGAAAGGAGCUAGUGGAGGAGGUGGUGGUGGUUCCGCUGCUGCUGCUCCAAAGAAGGAAGAGCCUAAACAAGAGGACAAACCUGCUGCUUCAGAGCCAGAAAAGCCUAAGGCUGAAGCUCCAAAGCCGUCUUCUGGACGUAAGUUGGUUUUUAGAACGGAAUUAUUACCUAAAAUGUUGUAGUAGCUAAACUUUUUGAUAUUAACGCAUUUUUUAUAUUAGUAUUUUUAAUUAUAUCUUUGUGUUUCACGUCUAAAUUUACAUAAUCUUAGUUUGCUGUCCGUUUUCAGCUGUUCCAUCUUCUCUCCCACCUAUUCCACCUCCAGCUUCGAAGCCAAUUAGCUCUCAACCCAUUGAUGAUAUCCCGGUCAGUCCAAUCAUUGGAUUGAAGGCGCCAGCUGAUGGCAAGAACCCGAUUACUGGUGAAAGAAAUGAAACUCGUGUGAAGAUGAACCGAAUGAGACAAAGAAUUGCCCAAAGACUGAAGGAAGCUCAAAAUGUCAACGCUAUGCUCACUACUUUUAACGAAAUCGACAUGUCGUGAGUUUUUUUAGCUGACAUUGUUAUUGGUUUAGGAACUAUGAAGUAGUAAUGUAACUGAAAAAUAAAAUUGCAUGUGAAGAGAUUUUGUUCUAGUGUUUUAGUAAUAAUUAAAGGAAUAAACCAGCCUUAUUUUAGUAAUAUCAUGGCUCUCCGCAAGAAGUACCAAGAUUUGUUUGUGAAGAAACACGGAAUCAAACUCGGUAUGAUGUCUCCCUUCAUUCGUGCUUCAGCAUUGGCUCUUCAAGAUCAACCUGUGGUGAAUGCGGUGAUCGAAGGCGAAGAGAUUGUCUAUAGAAACUAUGUUGACAUAUCGGUAGCUGUAGCCACGCCAAAAGGAUUAGUAGUACCAGCGAUUAGGAACGUGGAAAUGAUGGGAUACGCUCAAAUUGAGAAGACAUUGGCUGAAUUAGGAGCUAAGGCUAGAGAUAACAAGAUCGCAAUUGAGGACAUGCAAGGAGGAACCUUUACCAUCAGUAACGGUGGAGUAUUCGGAUCUUUGUAUGGUACCCCGAUCAUCAACCCUCCUCAGUCUGCUAUCCUUGGAAUGCAUUCGAUCAAGGACCGACCGGUAAGGUUUUUGUGUUUUUUUUUAAUAUUAGGUAAUACUUUAUACAAAAUUCUUUAAAGUUCCUUUAUUUUUGAAAAAGUUCGACUUUUUUAAAAAUUUCGAUUUUUCUGAAACGAAAUUGAUACAGUAUUGAAGUAUAUAUAACAAAAUAUUUCGAAAUUAAGAAAGCUUUUUAAAAUAAUGAAUCAACUUGGUUUAGGUCGCCGUCAAUGGUGAAGUGAAGAUCCGUCCCAUGAUGUACGUUGCCCUGACUUACGACCAUCGUCUAAUUGAUGGCAGAGAGGCUGUGUUGUUCCUGAGGAAGAUCAAGGAAGCCGUGGAAGAGCCGGCUACCAUCCUAUUAGAUCUUUAA